CGUGCUUUUGCCCAAUUUUUUUCGGCUCUAGUCACUUUUGAGGCCUGUCGGACUGUUAUCAUCCUGUGAAUCGCUUCUUCCUCUCUCUUUCAAUAACUCAACCACAACCCACCCACAACCCCCCUCUCCACUCCUCCCCCCUUCCCUUCCUUUUUUUCCCUUUGCCUUCUGGCUCAGGUGCGACAAUGGUUGGAAGUACGUUGGCUAUCCGGUCCAAGAUGGCUUCCCCAUCCGCCGCUAUGCAGUUGUCGUCGCUGUCGCGCAGGUCGCUCUCGACGCGACCCCAGCUCCUCCGGUCCGCACGUCCCUUGAGAUUCUCCCAGCAGCAGUUCCAGCGCUCCACCCGUCGCGCCUACGCCGAUGCUUCUCAACCCGCAUUGCCCGCCCCUAAGCCCAAGAAGCGCUUUGGCUUCUUGCGCUGGACCUGGCGCCUGACCUGGGUGAGCUCCUUGGGUCUGGUGGGUUACCUGGCCUACAGCGUCUACGACUCGUGCCACCCCGUCGACCAGAUCGAACCCGACCCGACCAAGAAGACUCUGGUCAUCCUGGGUUCCGGAUGGGGUUCCGUCUCCCUGUUGAAGAAGCUCGACACUGAGAACUACAAUGUCGUCGUCAUCUCGCCCCGCAACUACUUCCUGUUCACCCCUCUCCUCCCCUCCUGCACGACGGGACAGGUCGAGCACCGCUCUAUCAUGGAGCCCAUCCGCAACAUCCUCCGCCAGAAGAAGGCCCACGUCAAGUUCUACGAAGCCGAGGCUACCAAGAUCGACUACGAGAGGCGCGUCAUCUCCAUCAGCGAUGAUUCUGAGAUUAAGGGCGAGAUCUCUCACACCGAGGUGCCCUUCGACAUGCUGGUCGUCGGUGUUGGUGCUGAGAACGCUACUUUCGGUAUCAAGGGUGUGAAGGAGCACUCCUGCUUCUUGAAGGAGGUCGAUGAUGCUCAGAAGAUCCGCAAGCGCAUUAUGGACUGCGUCGAAACUGCCAUGUUCAAGGAUCAAACCCCCGAUGAGGUCAAGCGCCUGUUGCACAUGGUCGUCGUUGGUGGUGGCCCGACCGGUGUCGAGUUCGCCGGUGAACUGCAGGACUUCUUCGAGGAGGACCUGAAGAAGUGGGUCCCCGAGAUCCAGGAGAACUUCCGCGUCACCCUGGUCGAGGCCCUGCCCAACGUUCUGCCCAUGUUCUCCAAGCAGCUGAUCGACUACACUGAGUCGACCUUCAAGGAGGAGAAGAUCACCAUCCGCGCCAAGACCAUGGUCAAGAACGUGACCGAUAAGUUCAUCGAGGCUGAGGUCACCAACCCCGACGGCACCAAGACCCUGGAGAAGAUCCCCUACGGUCUGCUGGUCUGGGCCACCGGUAACGCUGUCCGCCCCGUUGUUCGCGACUUAAUGAGCCAGCUGCCCGCUCAGAAGAACUCCCGCCGCGGCUUGGCUGUGAACGAGUACCUGGUCGUGAACGGCGCCGAGAACGUCUGGGCUGUCGGCGACUGCGCCAUCACCAACUAUGCUCCUACUGCCCAGGUUGCCAGUCAGGAGGGUGCUUUCCUCGCCCGCCUGUUCAACACCAUGGCCAAGACGGAGAAUGUCGAGGCUGAGCUGAAGCAGCUGUCGGAGGCCCAGGCCACGGCCAAGAGCGACGAGGAGCGCAACCAGAUCUUCGACGAGAUCCGCGAGCGUCAGAAGCAGCUGCGGAGAACCAAGCAGAUUGGUCCCUUCCAGUACUCUCACCAGGGCAGUCUGGCCUACAUUGGUAAGGAGCGUGCUGUUGCCGACAUCAGCUGGCUGAGCGGCAACAUUGCCAGUGGUGGUACCAUGACCUACCUCUUCUGGCGCAGUGCUUACCUGAGCAUGUGCUUCAGCACUCGCAACCGUCUCCUGGUCGCUAUGGACUGGAUCAAGGCCAAGGCCUUUGGUCGUGACGUGUCUCGGGAGUAAAUCCGCCG